AUGAUUGCUGAAAAUCAAAUGGAAAUUAAUCAGUUUUACCACUCUUCUAGUUACCAAGACCUGUCCCUUUAUCGUCACAUUGCUGACUUGGCAGGCAACCCUGAGGUCAUCUUGCCAGUUCCAGCUUUCAAUGUGAUCAAUGGCGGUUCUCAUGCUGGCAACAAGCUGGCCAUGCAAGAGUUCAUGAUCCUGCCUGUGGGGGCAUCCUCUUUCUGGGAAGCCAUGCGCAUUGGAGCAGAGGUUUACCACAACCUGAAGAAUGUCAUCAAGGAGAAGUAUGGGAAGGACUCCACCAAUGUGGGUGAUGAGGGUGGAUUUGCACCGAACAUCCUGGAGAACAAAGAAGCCCUGGAGCUGCUCAAGUCUGCAAUCGCAAAGGCUGGCUACACGGACCAGGUUGUCAUCGGCAUGGAUGUGGCCACCUCAGAAUUCUACAGGUCUGGCAAGUACGACCUGGACUUCAAGUCUCCAGAUGACCCCAGCAGGUACAUCACACCGGACCAGCUGGCGGACCUGUACAAGUCCUUCAUCAAGGACUACCCAGUGGUGUCCAUUAAAGACCCCUUUGACCAGGACGAUUGGGAUGUUUGGCAGAAGUUCACAGCUAGUGCAGGCAACCAGGUGGUGGGAGAUGACCUUACAGUGACCAACCCUAAGUGGAUUGCCAAGGCCACAGGCGAGAAGUCCUGCAACUGCCUCCUGCUCAAAGUGAACCAGAUCGGCUCAGUGACUGAGUCUCUGCAGGCGUGUAAGCUGGCCCAGUCCAAUGGCUGGGGCGUCACGGUGUCCCACCGAUCUGGGGAAACAGAGGACACUUUCAUCGCCGACCUGGUGGUGGGGCUCUGCACUGGGCAGAUCAAGACUGGUGCCCCUUGCUGAUCUGAGCACCUGGCCAAGUACAAUCAGAUCCUUAGGAUCGAGGAAGAGCUGGGCAGCAAAGCCAAGUUUGCUGGCAGGUCCUUCAGGAACCCCCUGGCCCAGUAAAGCAUGGACAGGAGAGCCUGGAGCCACCCGCUGCUUAUGUCCUCUGUCACUGAUGUCAUCCAGGCGGCUCAAGGCCGGCCCAGUGCUUGCCCCUCUCCUGUCACUGCUUCCUUAGACGUCCACACCUGACCACCAGGAACCCUGCUGGGGACCCGGGCUUUGUAAUCAUGUGAUUGGUCUGAAUCAUUGUUUUUGUCACCUGACUUCCCAGCUAGUGUCUGGAGCCCUCAGAACUCCAGUGUAAUCUCUAGGGUACCCACCAUCAAGACUCCCCCAGUGGUUUACAUGCAAA